CUGUCUUGCCCUUGACUUCUUCAGGUCUUCCUUCCUUCCUUCCUUCUUCUGCAGUUGUUCAUCUCCCUCCUUCUCUUCUGGUCACCUAGAUGGAUACAAAUUUAAACGACAAGGAGUCCAUGAUUGCUCGAAUCCAACAAUUGGAACAUGAGCGUGGUGAAUUGCAUAAAGAUAUAGAACAAUUGUGUAUGCAGCAAGCUGGACCUGGCUAUCUUGCUGCCGCUACUCGAAUGCAUUUUCAAAGGACAGCUGGAUUGGAGCAGGAGAUUGAGAAUUUGAAAAAGCAGUUGGCUGCUUGUUCAAGAGAUAAUCUUAAUCUUCAAGAGGAGCUUUCUGAGGCUUACCGAAUCAAAACCCAAUUGGCCAAACUACACCAAGCAGAGGCUGCAAAGAACAUGGAGGCAGAGAAACAGGUUAAGUUUUUCCAAGGCUGUGUAGCUGCUGCUUUUGCUGAGCGUGAUAAUUCGAUAAUGGAGGCUGAAAAGGCAAAGGAGAAGGAGGAGUCAAUGUCCCAGAAAUUUAAUGAAAUUCAGAAGAGGUUAGAAGUGCUUAGUUCAGAUUUUCUUGAACAGAAGAGAGUAAAUGAUACACUGCAGAGUGAUUUAUCAAAGCAAGAUGAGCAGAUUGAGACUUUCAAGAAGGUUGUCAACAAGUUUUACGAGAUCAGGCAGCAUUCUCUUGAGGGAUUUGAGGAUACUAGUUGGGACAAUAAAUGUGCAUGUCUGUUACAUGACUCAGAAGAGUUGUGGAGUUAUAAUGAUUCCUCGACUUCUAAAUACAUUAGUGCGUUAGAAGAAGAGGUGGAGACACUGAGGAACUCUCUGGAUAAGCUUCAAAGCAAAAUACAAGUGGGUUUGGAAAUUGAAAAUCACUUAAAGAAGAAAGUUCUUGAACUUGAAAACAAGCAAGUUCUUUGGGACAAAAUGGUUAUGGAGGGGAUAACAGAAUUACACCAUUACCAUUCUCACCAUAGAGUUCAGAUCACGAGUUUACUUAGCAAGGAAAGAUCUCAUAUCAAAUCAAUUAUUGCUAUGGUAGAAGAAAAGAUCAAGCAAUUUGAUGUGAUCAGCGAACAGGAUUUGGUGCCUUGUAGAGUUGUAAGACUACAAGAAAAUGAAUUUCGAGAUGUGCAUAUGAGUACUGAUGAUGAUCCGGACUUGGCUCCCAAGAGAAUUGACCAAAGCGCACUAGAUACUGUGGCUCAUAAAGAAGGCAACACAUCUGAAGCCCUUGCACAGGCCAUGCAAGAAAAGGUUGCAGCAUUAUUGCUUUUAUCUCAGCAGGAAGAAAGACAUUUACUGGAGAGAAAUGUCAAUGCAGCUCUUCAGAAAAAGAUGGAGGAGCUUCAAAGAAACUUUCUACAAGUCACCAAUGAAAAGGUUAAAGCUCUUAUGGAGUUGGCGCAGUUAAAGCUCGAAUAUCAACAACUACAAAAAAAAGUUGGCAGUGAAAUAAAACGAGAUUUUUCAGCUGACACUGGGGAGAUAAGACUUUCUAAUAUAGAAAGAGAUGGAAAGAUAAGAAACCUGUUGAAGAGGACAUAUCUAAGACGUUGGAUGGGCACAAUGGAUUUUCGUGGAAAUGAAGCUCAAACUUGCCUGAGUAGUGAAGGGAAUUUCUCUGGGAAAAGAGCAAAUGACAUGGAUUUUGCCAGAAUGAAGAUUGAAAAUGCCACGCUCAAGGAAAGCAUGGAAUGUAUGGACCACCUAAUUUCUUCAAUUCACAGACUUCACCUUGCACUUCUAAAGGUCAAAGAGUCAGAUACUCGUGAAGGUAAUAGUACUGGCUUGCUAGAAGCUCUUAAUGAUAUCAUUUCUGAGGCUAGACUUGUGAAGACUGCCCUUGGAAGCUCCUUACCUAUUAGUUGGUCUGCUGAGGUAGAUGAUGCAUCAAUUGGUGAAAGUGUCUGCGAUGAGCAAAGUGAUAUUUAUGGGAACCCCAUUAGAGAGAAGAUAGAUUCUGUUUCUGCUGCAGGUUUUGAGAUGGUGGAGCUUCUGAUACUUGCAGCUCAGAUACUAAAGGACAAUAAAACCAUAAAGGGUUGCUGAGAUUGGAGUUUGUUUAAUUCUGGUCUGUGUGGGCUUUGUUCUGUGAUGAAAAGCAUAAAGUAAUUAAUAGGGGUUUAGGGCAUACUAAAGGGGCUUUUUGGCAAAGAGAAGAUAGAUGGCGAACUUUUGGAACAACUUAAUCAGUGCAGAAUGAAAGCCAAUGCUUAUAUUGUCAUUGUAGAGCCUUUUAUUGUAUUUAUGGUGUUUUGAAAGGAAAGGAGGGAAUAGAGUUCAAUUCCUUUGUAUAUACAUGGUUAGACAUAGGCCAGUUGCAUAAAGUACAGUUAUAUGAACUGGGUUAUUAGAUUAUUUCAAUGACGAAGUUUCUGAGCUUUUGUGUA